GCACGAGCUGUGUCUGGUUAUAUGGGAGUGGCGGGGGUUGUGGGGGGAUUUCAUAAGGGUAGAGGGGUUGUGGAUAGGGGUUCGAACAGAGCUGGCUUAGGCAAGGGGGUGAAGGAUGCUGGUGGAUGAGACUGGAGGAGAGGAAAGGCGCCGUAAGGGGUGCUCGGAAUCACGGUGGUGGUGUGUACACCCUGUGUAUAUAGUCUGGCCAGAGUGGAAGAAGGGUGCGCCCUACUUCGCGUCGGCGUUUUCCCUCCUGGCAGUGUGCAACGACGUAUCGAAAGAAGGACAGAGAAAGCGAGCACAGGCUGUCUCUCCGGUUCGGUGCCGGGCUUUUCAUAGUCUCUCAUUUCACGACGAGCGUCCGUACCAUCGGUUCGAGUAUUUUGCGCGUUCGACGAAUAUCGGGAGUGAGAGAAAAAAGAAAAAAAGAGGAGAAAGAAGGAAAGAGAUAGCGAGAAUCGGCUGGGAAAACAGAACGGGGAACGCGAACCAGCGAAGAUCGCCUGGCACGGACAACGCCUCGGGCACGGAGCAACGCGAGAACGAGAUAGGACUACGGUCUGUAUCGCGAGUAUAUUUGGUGAUUCGCGUUAGUACGCGUCGUCCAAGGUGGUGGUGCAGAGUAUCGUCCGUCGACGAGGGUGUUGUUGCCGUUAUUGGUUCUCAUCGAUAGUGAAUCGUGGAGUUGGUUUUCGUCAGCUUCACGGAAAGUGCACGUUGAUCGACGCGUUUACGUAAGAACGACGGACGCUCGUGGUGUAUGGUUACUCGUACGUGCUCGUAUGUAUCUCAAUGUGCGCGCGCGCGUGUGAUAAGUACCGUCAAAUACGGGAAGACGAGUCAGGGAAAGAGACGGCGGAGGUUUUCGUCGAUUCGUGAGUUUGCCGAAAAUACCAAUUUGGUCAGCUUCGAUCAUCGCGUAUCCUUCGAAGAUCAAAGGACAAGUAUUCGUUAUCGUACGUCGAGUGGUCGCCGAGUCGACGAAUCAGAAGAAUUCACGAAUGGACGAGCCGAGAUCGUUUAAUCCCGACCCUCUCGUUUGCAUAAUUAGCCGUGCUGCACUGCAACAGCUACACGGAGAGAAGGGUUCGCGUAAACUUUGCUAUAAAGGCUGAGGUGGCAGUCGUAUUAUUCGACGAUACGAGGAGGAGGAAUCGAAUGUGUCGUUAGAAGGAGACGAGGGAAGGUGAGAACAACGACCGAAGGUGUCUCGCCACCGAAGCCUACUCGAAGAAGGAAAUGGAAAAAAUGGGCGUAAGCUUGUUGACAGAGUAUUUUCUCGGGAGAGCGAAAACAUUUCUCGCUUAUUGAUGCGCCUGGCGAGGCUAGCGUCCUCGAGCAACAUAGUCGGGGCGGAUAGCGUCUAUCGCAACCAGGACCAGCAUUCGACAAUAAUAAACGUGUUCGUCAUGGAAAUCGCGGUGUUCUUGUUUUACGUGACGACGUUGCUGGGCAUUGUGACCAGCGACAAGUGCGCUGUCGAGUGUUCUUGUAAGUGGAAGAGCGGGAAGCGCACGGUCGAGUGUGUAAAUCGUGCCCUGACUAGCAUACCGGAGUGGGUCGAUCCGGAAACGCAAGUGUUGGACACAAGCGGUAACGACAUUCGGACCCUGCCGAGUAACAUCUUCAAACGUGUACGUUUGACGAAUCUACAGCGUCUCUACCUACGCGAGUGCCGUAUCGACCGAAUCGAUAGCGAGGCACUGGCCGGCCUUACAAAUCUGGUAGAGCUCGAUCUAAGCCACAACCUCUUAACGGUGGUCCCUACUGCAAGUUUCUUGGAUACACCGUUCCUCAGGGAUCUCGUACUGUCCAACAAUCUUCUCAAGAGAAUUCACUCGCACGCGUUCAAGAGUACGCCGAACCUGGUCAAGUUGGAUCUGUCUCACACGCAACUGGUUGAGAUCGAGGCGAAAGGAUUCCGAGGCUUGGAAUUGUUGGAAAGUUUAAAGUUAAACAAUAAUCAGUUAUCGACCCUUCAUCCCGGCACGUUCGAGCCGUUGAACAAACUCACGAGCAUAGAACUUCACGAUAACCCUUGGAUCUGUGAUUGCCAUUUACGCGAGAUGAAAAUGUGGCUCGUGAAGCAUAAUCUGCCGACCCUUCAAGCACCCAUUUGUCACGGUCCGAAACAAUUAUUGAAUCGUACCUUUACUGAUUUGAGUAUCGACGAUUUUGCCUGUCGACCGAUUCUCUUGAUAGCUAGUCGCUACGCCGAGGCAACGAUAGGCGAAAAUGCCAGUAUCGUGUGUCGAGUUAGUGCGAUACCACCAGCCAAGGUGAAAUGGUAUUGGAACGGACGUUUGCUGACCAACCAUUCGGCAUUCAGUGGCUAUCAGAAGAUUUUGAUCUUUGAGGAGGGUCAGUUCCGGAAAAGAAGUACACUAGUGCUGACGAACGCUCAAGAAGCAGAUUCUAGCGAGUUCUACUGCGUGGCAGAAAAUCGUGCUGGUAGCGUCGAGGCGAAUUUCACUCUUCACGUAUCCCUGAGAACCGCUGGCAUGUCUACUCUCGGUUCCGGCCAAAUUGCCGGUAUAUCCGCCGCUCUGGUCGUGCUCAUUCUCUUUAUACUCCUUAUCAUUCUCGUGUUGUUCAUUCGUUUACGAAGAAUGCCGUUGAAAGAUGUGAAGUCGUCGGUUCCUGCGGAAGGGGUGUCCGCCGAUAGUACAGGUGGUAACAACGAGAAUCCAUCAUCGGCAACGUCGACUACUCGCAGAAAACACGAAGAAAUUGAAACAACGUCGUUCGGUGUGGAAUCGAAGCCACCGGCGUCCUUAAACCUGAGCUACGUUCAAAGACCUCAAGCAGCGAUCUUGCAGACAGAGAACGAGUACGGUUCGAUCGGUCGUUUCGAUGAUCAGAGCCAACAGCCCUCGGUGAUGGUUGCACCGGGUGCUUGUUUCUCUUCUACUACGUCGCUGAUGCCGAUCGACAAUCCUGAUCUUAUCAGGGACACGCGACGUGGUUCGGCGGAAGACAUCACUCCUUACGGCGGAGCGGACUAUAGUCGUAUGGAAGUGGUGGACGACGCGAAGAGCCUUUACACGAGUUGUAUGUGGGAGGCGAGGGAUACGUGCAGAACAACAGUUCCGAUGAGCACGUACCCUUCGAAGGAAGCCCUAGCCGUAGUGGCACCUAUGGUCGAGCAAUUUCCGCCAGGGGCGAAGCAACUAAGAGUAUGGCAGAAGGGAGUUCCGGUUUUGCCACCGGUGUCUGCGUUGAAGCGUGUCCUCGGCUCGACGCGUAGCUCCCCCGAUGAGGGUUAUCAAGAAGGGACUGGAACUGAUGUCUAGGUACCGCUGCUUCAUUACUGUGACGCCCGGCACCGUUACCUGGAGCUUCGUAGACGCCACCAGGACGACACCGACUGCUGAGAGACGUCCUGUCCAGUGCCGGACGAGCGGUAGUGAAAAAGAAAAAAAAUUCUCGAUUUAAUUUAAAUAUCGAAUUCCGUCGCGGAUAUUAACGUGAUGGACUAGAACGUCGACCUGUCACGUGGAUUGCGUAUAUAUAAAACGUAUAAUAUAUACAUACCACAUGUUACACACUCGUACAUACGUAUAUAUAGACCGAGAGAGUGAUCGAUGAAAUGGCUCAAGAUGUAUUCCGUAUGUGGAUAUACAUACGUAUAGAAGGGUGGCAGACACCGAGAAUGGGAAGUCAUUCGGCCGACUCGGUGGAAACGAACGUCCACUUGUCGCGAGAUUUACGUACAGUGGUCGAUGAAAUAGUUGAAGGUGCCGUCGUGACUAAUGCACGGAACACAUAAAACGAAGAAUCUGUCGAGGACUCGAUCGAUAAAUUCCGCCAUCUGUCAGCUCUCGAAAAAUAACGCCGGCUUUCUAACCUCAAAGAACUUUUCAUUUCGAACGUUUUCGCGUCCGUUUUGUGUGUCCGACGUGUAGCACGAUAGGAAGAAUAUCCUACUCGACAUUCUAAACGAACGGAACGGUCAACGCGAUCUGGUAAGAACGACGACGUCGUUUCGGUGGUCUUGCAGUACAAUGUUGACGGCUAACACUUUCUAUAUGAACGAUUAAGGGAUAUUCGGAGGAAGAACAAAAACGAAAAAAAAAAAGAAAAGAAGAAGCGAAAGAGAUAUCACGAAAAAUGGAAUAUAGUAACAUAACGUUUAAAGAUACGGUUUAAAUAUACCGUUUCUUAAGAUAAUGUUUACGAGAAGACUGCAGUGCAUGUUCCGAAGGAUGUGUAGAUAGAGACAGAUACGCGAGAGAAUAAUUUCUAUUUACCGUGUGUGUUGGCUACCGUGUAUACUACAUACGUGAAUUUUCUAGUCAAUUUCGAAGGUGUAAUUAGACGAUGUUAGAUGAUUUGGAUAUGGUGUGAGCACGACGACAAUACGAGAUCGAGAAUACGACCGACGUGCGAUUACGCAUCGCGGUAACGAUGCUCGAAAAAUUCAUCCCAUUUUCCGUCGCGCGUCUAACGAUUCGUCGAUCAGAUUGUUUUUUCAUUUAUUAUUAUCAUCAUCAACGGUACGUACGAAUUAUGAAUACGUUAUAAUUUCGAUAGUCGGAGUAAGAUCGAGUAUCGAAUCGAUUCGGAAUAACUAACGGAAACGCGACAUACGAGGGAAGCGAUAUUGUCACAUCGGAUAGUUAUUGACGUUCGUGUUCGAGGACGAAAAUUCACGGAAACGGUAGAGCGUGAAAUAUGACGUCGGGUACACCUCUGGAUCCGUCGUUGCAAUUCUCCUGACGAUAAAUUGAUUUACUUUGCCGUGCGUUAGGAACCGUUCAAAAUAUAUUCGUGUAACGACACACUGUCUCUUUCGAUAUCGAUUCAUCGAGAAAUUUCACAGACCUUAAAAGCGUUAGUUUACCUACGUCAAUGGUAAUAUCAUAAUAUGUGCGUAUAUAUCAAUAUCGAUACGUCGGUAUCGAUACAUCGAAUAAUUGCUGACAUCGCGAAUGAUGACAAUUACGAACGUCGCGAUACCUCUAUCGAACGAGAUAUCUAAUCAACGAUUGAAUUCGGUGAACAAAGAAAAAGUAAAAAGAAAGUGAGAAAAAAGUUCGCAAUUCCCAGAAUGUAUCCGUCGUCGUUCGAUCUCUGUCUGUUUUUUUGUAUUACCCGGAGCCAAUAGAAUCAAUUACAUAAGACUGUAUAGUAAGCACAGGAAGCCCGUAAGCCAAUUGCAAGCGAAUAUAAACUAUUGCUCAAACACUGAAACGAGGGGCUUGCGAUUGGUUGACCGGCUCAUGCCUCGCGUUAGUGUCUUACGUAAGUGAGUCUGUGUGUGUUGAUCUAGACACUUUGGCGGUAAGCGGUAAGCCAAAACGCCAAUUGCGAAUAUCGGUCAGUUAUCAACCUGUGUCUGUGUUUGUGUCCUGUGUGUUCCGUGUGUGUGUGUAUGCGUAUUUGCCCGACUAUGGUUCGUACGUGUCUUGAGAGCAGUGUGCCUGAAUAUACGUAUUUGAACGUAUGUGAUAAUAUGAUCCAGACCAUGUCUACAUGCGGACGUGUGAAUGUAUGAGUGCACUAGUGUAUACGUGUGCUCGCGCUCGGCAUCGAGAGAUCGAGGGUGAGAUAGUGCAUGCGGUGCAGUGCUUGCAAUUUCUACCGAUUGGUUUAUCGCCUAUCGUUCAGGCCGGCUGCUUUUCUCUGCUCAAUGAUCCUGGAACCGAUCGACGUAUUCGUGAUGAGGUAACAAAAAAAAAAAAAAAAAAAAAAAAGAAAAAGAAAAUAAAAUACGAAAACGACGGAAAAAAUGGAAAUAAAAAUGCCAUGCCAAAUACACUGACUGGUUCUAUUGAAUCGUAUAUUUUACGCGGAUCAAUAAUACGUGGUACAGGCUGGAGAACACGACAGGACACGUUUCUAGUGGUCAUUUUAUUCGUCGACGAACGAGUCCACGGGUUUAUUGGUUGUUUCCCGACCGGUAUCUUGGCCAAAUCACGGUAAUCGCAGUGAAAACACGUGACAACCGGGGCACGAGAACGCGUUCAAUGGAUUUUACUGGAACGAUCUUUUUUUCUCUCUCCCGAUCGAAUUUAACUUUAUUCGUUGCGAUUCGUAACGAACGUUUACGCGUAACGCGCGUGGACCGUGUUCGAAUGGAAUUUAAAAUUAGGCAAACUAGGGAAACUAUGGAAUUUAUGUUAUGUAUCUGUCCAUAACACGAAAUUUACUGUCAUGAGAAAUAGACACGAAUGAUUUGCCGCCUUUUCCCUCAAAAAUACAUGGUUUGCAUCACGUCCAGAAUAAUUUAUGCGUAUCAUCGUUUAAAGUGAGCCAUAAAUGAUGUGCAUAUGUUUAACGUGGAUUGCCCUUUGUCCUUUCACGUAUUAUUUGUACUUGUAUGAAUAUUUGUCCUUUCUCGAAUAUUCGUCUUGUUACGAUAACAUUGUUCCUUAACGAUCAUUUUGUUCCUAUUAGUGUUUUACAAUAUCGUUCGUGUUAUUAAACGUUUAUCUAUUUUUGUUUUAUUAUUCGUUAAUAAAAAGUUGAUUCACGACAUUUUAUAAUACCUUCUAUCAAUUAUAUAUAGAAAUGUUAAUUAUUUUACUAUUUAGAGUUUCUUGCAACCGAGUCACGCCAAUGCGACAUUUAAAGACUACUCGUCCAUGCAUCGGAAGUAACGAUAUUUACCGCAGAUUGUUUUCGUUUACCCGAUCUUUUUAUGCGUCACUGACACGAAACGCUAUUUUUCUUUGUCGUUUCCUGCAACGAAAUCGAUCAAAAUCAAACAAAUUCUUCUCAUGUUAUAUCUUGAUCAAAAUAUUAUUGAUGAAACAAACGAAUAUCAAGUAACCAAAUAUUUCUCGACAUUAGAAAUACAGGUAUAAUUAAACAUACAGGCGAACAAAAAGCUUAAUAUUAAGUUUGCGAAACUAUUAAUUACAAUGAACAACCUAUAUUAUUUACUGUUAGAAGUUCUUCGAUUCUAUCAUAUAGUAAUAAUUUAUUAGAGUAUAUAUACAUAUAUAUCACUCGAAUAUUAUGACAUAUCAAUCCACCGUGUGCCAUAUUAGUGAAACAUAUCAUGCAUUCCUCGAUACGAUUUACAUUUUAUCUAUCUCAGUGUUUUCCUUCUUUUAAUGACCUGCUGUUUGCACAACCGGGUAUCGGAGUUAAUUAUUUGCAAAGUAACGAAAUACGCAUAAGCUGACGACAAUGAACGUAAUGAACGGUCAAAUCGGAUUUAACGCAAAGUAGGCUGGUUCAUAAAGGAGUUGAGCCGUAAUGUAUAUUUCGAAAUGCAAACGUCACGUGAAAUGGAGCAACACGGUUUAUUAAUUUCUCAGUAACUAUAAUUUCACAAAUUUGGAAAGUCGACAGAACGAAAUGCACCCGCGUUUUCGUUACAGUUAUGUCCGGCAUGCAGUGGUUACACGAAGUAUUGGCACAAAGCUUUUUUUUUAGCAGAUUCUACAUUUCAUUUUCAGAGCUUUUUCAGUCAUGUGAUAGUACCUACUAUUAAAUGAAAUGAAAUGUAAUAUAUUUGUAUCCAAUUAACUAGUAUAUAAAUAUUACAAUAAAUACAUUGCUGUGUCAAUAUACUUUGUAGCCACUGUGCAUAUAUUUUCGAACUGUUUGACGAGAAAAAGCGUUUCGUUCUUUUUUGUGUAUCGUAUCGACGAUACACUUAAAAGGAUUCUUUCCUUCUAGAAUGGAAUUAGAAUUAUACUCGUACUUUGCCUGUAAUCUGCACCAAUUGUGAAUAAAAGAAUGAAUGAAUAACACGAACAAAAAAGAAAAAAAUAAAAGAAGGGUUAAAAACAAAAGGUUUGCGUAUGAACAAAUUAACUCAGGAGAAUACAUUUAGAAUUUUGUUCCUAGUCUGUGUAGUGUUUUUUUUUUCGUUUUUCUUUCUUUUUUUUUUGUGACGGGUACAAAUCUCUGAAAUACAAUAGCGUGCGGUCACAGUGGUGGCUAAUGAACAUUCACAAUACAGCUCUCCUGAUGUUACUGCGUACAAUAUUGCGAUCCAUAUCAUUUGAGCGUCAUAAAAGCUGACAAGCUGGCAUGUCUGACAAUGAGUCGUAGCGGAAAGGUAUCGCGAACAAUUACUCGAAGCUUUAUAUUCCCCGAGCGGAUUAAGGGAGAUAUUGCUUCUUCAUAUGAUGGCUUCAAGCACGUUGUUUUAAUUUUUUUGUCAUCCCCUGUCUGUGUUGUUCGCGUAUAUGAAAAAUUAAUAUAUUGGAUGGAUUAUCUCGUUAACAUGUUACUAAAUAUUACAUCUCUUGUAUUAUAUAGGAGAAAAGCACUGCCAUAUAUAUAUAUAUUUUAUUUGUUCCUUUUCACAGAAAUAGGACUUGACUUACAUAUUUCUAAUUCUUACUUAUUUCCACACUGUAUUUAGAGCAUCCAUUAUAUUCAAAGUCCUAACCCCAGUCUACGUUCCUGUCCUAAGCACACAUAUUUCAUCUUAUAUCUAAUAUUAGAAAUUUAAAUAUAUAUCUCUUUGUUUCUUCUAACUAUAUUAUAUUCACUACCCUAUACUUAAUCUAUACAUUAUACACUAUCCAUCGCAUAUCAACCUUCGGCUUAGUUCGGUACCUACAUAUGUUCUUAAGCUCUUUCUAAAACUCUUACCCAGCUUAUCACCGCUCCAUUUAUCCUACUUUUUACUAUAUCUUCCUUUCUUAAUACGCUUAAUACGUUAGAAUCUAACCUAUAGCAGCCGCUUUUGGCUACCUCCUUCUACUUUCUUCCUCAAGUAUUCUGUCUUUCCCACUGUUUUUACAUAUUCGUUUGCUAAUUCAUUAAUUUUCCUCGCAACCUUUCUUCAUUCCGUCCUUAUUAUAAACCGCUAAAAAUACUUCAUUCAUCUUCAUCUGCCUUCGAUCUAUAUACUAUUACAGAAAACAUUAUAUUCCGAUAUUAAUGAUAUUUAAAGUAGCCAUUAAAUCGUAAAGAAUAUGGUAAAAUCUAUUUUUUAUGAAUUUGACAAAUCAGUUUUUUUUUAUUAUCUACAAAUAUUUUUAGAUUAUUUAAAUGUAGGGCCUUUGACUUAAUAUACAGGAAACGUCAAAAAUAGAGAUAAUAUCAUAAGUCGAAUUUGUAUAUUUUAUUUAUAUAGCGUUAAUAUGAGUAAGAAGUAUUUUAUUAUCGCCUUAAAAUUAUCCGCAAGAAAACAGCAUUCCUUUUUUUGUUAUUUAAUGUACAACAAUUAUAGAUCACGGUAAUUUUAUUCCUUUUUAGAUUAGACUCAUGAUUAAGCUAGGUGACUGGACAAAUUGUAGAAUGUCCAAUUUAGAUAUGUGUAAUUUAUUUAAUCUUGAUGUAUUAAGAAAAAUUGAAAUAUAUAAAGAUUGUUUUGUAUGAAAUUAUGACGUGCUAUUAUAUCUAAAACUGGAUAUUAAAAUUUGAAAUACCAUAACUAUAACAUUGUUAAAUUCGCUGAAUUCCAUUUUGUCCGUGAAAUAAUAGUUUAAAUAAGCAAAAUAGUUUAUUUAUUUAACAUUAUAAUUAAUAAUUACGCCUCGAUUAAGAGUAAUUGAAGCAAUAUCUUUCACGCGACAUUAUAAAAUAAAUUCCAUGUAAAUUCUAUAUAAGAAGAUAAUUUCAUAAAUUCUAUAUAAAAUAUUAGAGAACAAUUUCUUCCUAGCUCAUACUUUAGCAUUAUACUUGCAAUUUUCAAUGAAACUGAAUGCUUUUUAUGCCACUUGGUUAAAUGUAAUUUAUGUUUAACAAGUAGUACAUAUGAAAAAGAGAUUAGUUUGAGUUAUAAAUACGAUACUUACAAAAGUUCUUUGUAAUAAGUAACGCUUAUUUUUCACUGCCAGUUCAAUUUCGUUCUAAUAAUGUAAGUUUUUCAAUUUUAUAACUAGCAAAAUUUUCGUUACUAACUUACAGAAAGGAAAACGUUGGCCAUAAGAGCAAGAGUUCACAUACGUUUAUGAAACUCUGUCUUAUCUUUUAUUAUGAAACGAUUGCUUUCCAGUGCAAUUUUAUUAUCUGUUAUAUAUUGAUAAAUAUGUUUUCUUAUUGUAAUAUCAAUUAACAUUGAUUUCCUAUACUGCAAACUUGUUCCAUUAGUAUGAAUAUUUAUUACCAGACUACACAUGUUCACGGGAAUUUACAUUUUUAUGAAUAUUUUAUAAAUCUUUGCAUGUUACAUGUGAUCUAAACAUUUCUAUAUUUAAAAAUUUUUCAUAAAUGUAUAAACCUGCGUAGUCUAUUAUCAAUAAAUUCAGGAUAUAUCUUAUAAUCAUAAUGAGAAAGUAGUUCGUGUUAAGAAAGGCCGCCGAUUGGUUGGGUGGCUCAAUCUUGAUGCCGAUUACUUGAUUUGCUGUUUAAGUGUCCUUUCCAUUUACCGAGCAAAUAUUUAACAAUAAUCUAUUCCGUUAAUGUAAUUUCACGUCGGCAAUAUCAGUUCCUACGACUUUAUUAUAAAUUUGCAUCGAUCAUACAAAGUGUAUCAAUUAUGUCAGUUUAAGUAAUAACGAAAAGUAAUCAUGAUAAAGAAAGAACAUGUAAAUUGGAAGUUUUGCAAUGACGAUGUGAUGUAUAUAAUUUUGUGGAAAAAUAUAUUAAAUUGGAUUAUAUCGAUAUUGAUUUAGAAAGUUUCAACAAAUUGUUACUCUUCAACUUCGUGGAAAUUCGAUUUCGUGCACUCUUAUUUUACUUGUUUACUUUUCUCACGUGUACGUGAUGCAGAAAAUGUCCAUCUAAAUAAAUGAUUAUUUUCCGAUUGUAUUUAGACGUUAACAUACGCGAUUUUGCGUGAACAUGCACUUGAAUACUUAAUGGUAUUGGGAUAUUGAUAACCAACUAAAUAUUUUAUAUACAAGUGUGUAGUCAGUGCGGAACUUAAAUAGGUUGAAUAAGUGGAAACAAUUAACGCGUAUAUUUUAUAACAAAGACGGAUUUAAAGAAUUAUUAAUAAAAAAGUUAUUCAGACAAUAUUUAAGCUAAGAAAUAAAUAACAUAAUUUUAUAAUAAUAAACAGUCGAGGAAAAUAUUUUAUCGUGUAAUUCGUAGAAACUAUUCUGUACUUUUAAAUAAUUCAUUUAAAAUUAUUCCAUUUUACGUAAUAAAUAUCCAAUGAGUUUCAACUUGAUAUUAUAUAAAAGCCGCAUCACAAUGCGUGUUUUAUAUAAUUGUUCUGACAUCCAAAUAGGUAGCUAAUAGAAUAGAGAAAACUGUCUUAAUACGUAUACAUUCAUAAAGUCGUUCGUAUAUCAUUCGUGGAAAUUUCUGCACGACAUCGUAUAUAUAUAAGAGAAGUUCAAAGUGAAGAGACCGAGCCGACAUUGAAGUAGCAAUAUAAAGUAAUUAGGCAAAGUAAUUAAGCAAAUUCUGUAUAUCGAGCAGUAUGCAAUACCGACUACUUUAAUUGCUUGAUGCAUCUUUUCGCGCUUUAUUCAUGCCUUCCUUCGAACCAGGAUUCAGUUCAGCCGUAAAUUCAAUAAAUUUAAUUAGCAAGCGUUUCGUUUCUCGGUUGAUAUUCCAGUAGCGAGCUCGUGCUGUUAGAUCGCUCGUAUAUGAUAUAUUGUUAAUACGCUCAUAAUCCGUUCUCACAAAUAAAUAUUGCAACGCUAAAAAAAAAAAAAAAAAAAAGAAAAGAAGAAAGAAAUCUCACGAUAACUCGUUUAUUUUAUGCUAUUAACAUGUAGCAAUUAACGAGAUGGUAUAACAUAGCAAACAGUACAAAAAAUAAUAGCUUUGCGAAGUUAAUUUCGAAAAUUGGAACAGCGAUGAUCGUUUAUAAAAAUGAUCACAAAAUGUUGCUAAGGUGUUGUAUUAUUUCGAUUGUCGCGAAAUGAAAUAAUAGAUUAUUUUUCUCCAGUCUGUAUCACGUGGCAUAGCGGAAGAAUCGAAGUUGAAACUGAAGGACAUUCACACGAUUUAAUGCUUUCAAGCUAUCGAGAAGUAAAUAGCCCUUCUAAAGUUCAAUAGUUCGCGAAGUUCCUUUCCACUCCUCGCUCCUCUUCUUUAUUUUUUUCUUCUUUUAUUAAGGAACUUGACGUCCAGACUUUUAUUGCUCCCAGCGGAGGAAUAAGUAAUAGCCUUACCGGCAGUUUGAUCUUCGUUACCGGUAUUUUUUCGAAGAAGAAACUUUUCUUUCCUAACGAUCGUGCAACCUACCAUACUUUGGCGUUUAUCUCGACUCGUACUACUUGAUCAUACAGUUUGAUACAGUACAGAUAACAUUUUACGACUCAUGCCGCUGAAAAACAAUGAUUUCUCAUACAGAACGUAUAUCUUUGUGACGAAAUUUUCAACAUACACUAUAAAUACAUAUAUAUACAUACAUACAUAUAUAACUUCCACAUACAUGUAUAUUUGAAAUGCAUCAAUGACCAUCGAGAACGAAUUAUUAAUACAUUAAAAACCGCUUAUGUAAUAUCACGUUUCUUCAUAGGUGAAGCAUGGCCAAUUAUCGAUGAAUUUAUUUCAUUUAUUUGAAUUAAUAAAGAUAAGCGACGCAAAGAAUAUUUGAAAGCCGCACUUUUUAAAUACUCAUGUCUUGCCCUAAUUAAAGAAGGUUUUCUAUUUUAGGAUUUCCGUACAGUUAUCGACAGUUAUAUAUCGGGUUGUUUCUUCAUGAUUAUUAUAUUUUUUCACAAAAGAGAUCAUUCGUCAGAUCAGGCCAUUUCAUCGAUAGCGAGGUACGUUCCGAUCAUCUCGUGUCUACAUGUUCCGAAAUUUAUGAAUGUCCGGGAAUCACGGAACGUCAGGCGUUCCCAUUGUUCGAUCACGAUUAAUUACGCAGAAAAGUACCAAGCGUGUUUCCCCUGUUUGACGCUCGAUAUUCGACAUCACGCAAGCCGGAGACUCGUCGGCUUUCGUAACGAUUAUCAGCAACAUACGAUUGUAUGGAAACUUUGAAUAAGAGUUUAAAGCACAUUUAGCAUAUCUUGCGAAAAGAGUUUUCUUACAACGUUCAAUGUGUUCUUAGCAUACACAUGUAUCAAGGAGAAGGCAGCCCUUCGGUGAUGACGUCGAUUGUAUAUGACCGACGUCAUCUUUUUUCUAAUACCUUUUUAACAAUCCAACGUGCGUUCUAAACAUUUUUCAAAUAAAAAUAUUCGUUUCAGUGUUCAUCGUGGAAGGUAGGAAUCGUAGAAACUUGUUCAUAUUAAACAUGUUAAGUUACAUCGUUGCACAAGUUUCAAACAUCUAACGUUCAUGCCUCUUUAACAUUGCAUCGUUUUCUGACGAGAUAUCUGUAAUCCGUGUCUGUUAAUACAAUAAGUCGGCAGAGAUAGCGAAGUCAUACUUUUCCGUUAAUUCAUCUUUCAUCAUAUGUGCUCCGAUUGCGUUCGUGUUCCAACUCUUGUUUUCAUACAGUUUCUAAUAUCGGUCUGGAAGGGUUUACCAAGCAAUACGUCGAAAAGGAGGAAUAAUAUGUCAUGGAUAACGUGUGUGUAUACUUGUGCGUAGGUGUCUGUGUACGUGCGUUUUGUCGCGCGUACGAACAAAACGAGAGAAAAAGAAAUAAGUUAUUUUUUGGUGUUGCAUAGCUUUUGCAUAUACAUAAGUGGUUGUAUCGUAUAGAGUGAGUUGUUUGGAUAUACAAUUUGGAUGGAUGCAUAAAGAGAAAUGCAAGGAAUGUUACGAUAGAGAACGCUGAGAAGGUUGCCAGUAUGAAAGUAAAGUAUGACCGUAACGUACGAUAAUAUGCUGUCACGCACACUUGACGAUUCUAUAGGUGUUCUUAAUGCGUUUCGAAGCUGUUUGUUGAACAUGUCUGAUAAGCGUGUUAAAUUAACUUCACCAAGCUUUGUCUUUCUGUUUGAUUUCGUGCAAAUCAUCAAACACUCAUGCGUCAUCGUCAUCUCGAGUGUGUUAUGUAACACAUUACAUGCGGCUGCUUUCGUUUUGCAAUCGCGACAUUAAUCAUGGUGAAAUUUAUUUCCGUAUGUUCGCGAUUAGUCGAGCGUUCAAGUUGAAAUUGGGCUAUUUGCAUUGAAAAGUUGGAUAGGAUUAUUUUUCUAUUUAAAUUAAAUUUGAUGCUAGAAUUAUCUUAGAAAAGUGAUCAUAGAAUUUUUCAUAGAAAUUUUAUAAAUUUAUGACGGUGCAUUUUUUAACAGUUUCUAUGAGUUUUUGUAAAUAGGUAUAAAGGUUUUUCUUUUGCGUUAUACGUUCUUUCAUGUAUCGUUCAGUUUCAUUUCUCCGGUACUAUGUAUUGCACAAUUACAAUAUGUAUAGUUUUAUAUUUAGUUGACGGUAACUUCUAGUACUUUAGAACAGAAUAAGUAAAUGGGAAAUUUCUUAACAAGAAGUUACAUAUUUAAAGAACAUUCUUUGGUUGAUGUUUCUAUAUUUCAUCAAAGAAUUAUAACGGUAAUUCCCAGAAACCAAUUGUAAUUUUUAUUUCCUUAAAAUCCUGUAUAACCCAUAGUGAAAAUCAUCUUCGUUUUCAAAGUCUGAUUUUACACAAGAUAUUUUAUAUUUAAAGAUUUGUUGUUAAUUUAUAUUUGCUGUUACUUCGAGUGUGUACGUAGAAAGGAAACUCGCUAAUGCGAGUUAUGUUUCACGUACACGAUUCUCGUUCAGGACGAAAGUUUUUCAGACGAAGCAAAAUUUUCACAUUGAAUUUUGGUGAGCUUUUCGAUGCAAACUGCGACUUUUCGGUAAAAAAAAAAAAUUGCAAAACUGGCGCACAAGCAUCGAUUUAAAAGGCAAAAAUGCAAUACAAAAAUUUCGUCUCGUUCGGUAACGUGUCGAUAUACGAUGAACUCAUGUUAUGCAAAUGUGUAACGUUUAGAAGUUUGAUCGACUAAGUGAUCGUUUUCGGCGUGAUAUGCAAUUUUCAUACGUACAGCCGUUUUUACGAAAAUGAGAACAAGACAUUUGAAUAUUCGCAUAACGUUCUCGCUCAAUUCCAUUUUAUAGUAACGACCCCUUUGUCGUUCCUAUCGUUUAAUCGAGUAUCUCGUGAAAAACUAAGGUUAAGCUUCCUGUUACUAACGACGAACUGCCUAACGACCGUUUCAACGAACACCUCGAAAACGCGAUUCACGAAGAAUCGUCUAUCGUACUGCCAUGGGAUUGUUCCUGAUACAAUAAUCCUGAAACCUUCUGAAAAAUCUGUCAUUUUACUUCUUGAAUAUUAAACACAAGUUACGACUGGCGAAUUUUUCUAGAAUUUAGCUCAUCCUCGAUCCCUCUGACAAAAUUCUGAUAGAUCGGUGUUCAGAUCGGUUCAUAUCCACACGUGACACGUAUAUCGAAUAUCGUUCGAGGGCUAAAAUAAAGCAAUUGAAAGAAUUAGGAAAAAUUCCCUCGGAAAUCGUUGAUGCCCUGUUAAUAAAAGGGAAAGAGAGGAGCAGAAAAGAUUGCGAAAUAAAUGUGUGUAAAGCGUAUGCGCGCAUGCGUGAGUAUAUAUGUGUGUCUGAGCGCGCGCGUACCUCCUAAAAGGGGGCGCGGAAUAUCCUAGUUUGUAAAUGUUUCAAAUGGUCUCGGACAAGAAAAGUCUCGAGAGAAAGAGAAAGAUUGUACGCGUGUAUGCGAGAAGAAAAAAGACAACGGAAAGAGAAAAAUAAAGAGCGGAGAAACCAGUUUUAAGGGAUGUUAACGAUGUACAAAUGUGUAAUUUAGUGUCGCAAGAGAAAUCCGUCUACGGCGCGGUAACACGAUAGCAGAAAAUACUAAACAGAACAAACAAACAAAUAAAAAAUAUUACUUUUAUUUUACGAGCAAGAGAGAGAGAGAGAGAGAGAGAGAGAGAGAGAGAAGUGAGAAAAAGAACGCGCAUACAGGUGAACCUUUAGAGAACCUAGGCGUACCUAUAUUUCCAUGAUUACACAUUUUUUGAACGUAUACAUGAUAAAUAGAAAAGAGAGAUUACGUACCACGAGCGAGGGAAAAAGAACGUGAAGAAGGUGAAGGCCCUCUCCACACAUUCACACGUACGGUAAAUCAUGUGCUAUGACCGACAGUUGUCGAAAUAAAAUUCUUUUCGAUCAAAAAUA